GGACUCCAUUUCAGAACUCCUACUUAAGCUUGUAGGCCAUUGACGCUGGUUGCGUUGCGUUCUUAUUCAUCAACUUUCAUUUCUAUACGUAGGAGUUUUUGCUUCAAGAAAUUAGAAUUGUUUCGGAGAAUUAAAAAUGACAGACGAUAAAACAGAAUUUGAUUGGGGAAAUGAAAAAUUACAACGUGCUCAAAAAACGGUAGAUGAAUCUUCAUAUGAUUUGGAAGCAUGGAGCAUCCUUAUCAGAGAAGCACAAAACAGACCUAUUAUAGAAGUAAGGCCAGUUUUUGAAAAACUUGUCUCUGUGUUUCCUUCUGCAGGAAGAUAUUGGAAAAUUUACAUUGAGCAAGAGAUGAAAAUGCGCAACUUUGAAAAGGUGGAAAAGCUUUUCCAAAGAUGCCUUAUGAAAAUCUUAAAUAUUGAGUUGUGGAAACUUUACCUUUCUUACGUGAAAGAAACAAAAGCCAGUCUUGCAACAUACAAGGAAAAAAUGGCGCAAGCAUAUGACUUUGCGCUGGAUAAAAUUGGUAUGGAUAUCCAUUCCUAUAGUAUAUGGAAUGAUUACGUUACAUUCCUUAAAAGUGUAGAAGCUGUUGGUUCAUAUGCUGAGAACCAGAAAAUUAGUGCUGUGAGGAAGGUGUAUCAAAGAGGUGUAGUUAAUCCUAUGAUAAAUAUGGAACAAUUAUGGAAAGAUUAUAUGGCUUUUGAACAAAAUAUUAAUCCAAUAAUUGCGGAUAAAAUGGCUAUUGAGCGUUCUAGAGAUUAUAUGAAUGCAAGACGAGUUGCCAAAGAAUUAGAAGCGGUAACAAGAGGAUUGAAUCGAAGUGCUCCUAGUGUACCUCCAACUGGUCAUCCAGAAGAAGUUAAACAGGUUGAAUUGUGGAAGAAAUAUAUUGCAUGGGAACGUAGUAACCCUUUAAGAACCGAAGAUACUUCUUUAGUUGCUCGCAGAGUAAUGUUUGCUAUAGAACAGUGUUUAUUAUGUUUGGGUCAUCAUCCUGCAGUGUGGCAUCAAGCUGCACAUUUUCUAGAGCUUAGCUCAAAAAUAUUAACAGAGAAAGGAGAUGUAAAUGCUGCAAAGAAUUUAAGCGAUGAAGCAGCAACAAUGUUUGAAAGAGCAACAAGUACAUUGUUGUCCAAGAAUAUGUUAUUAUACUUUGCGCAUGCCGAUUUUGAAGAAGGAAGAGUAAAGUAUGAAAAAGUUCAUCAAAUAUAUCAAAAGUUCCUUGAUAUACCUGAUAUUGACCCUACACUAGCAUAUGUACAAUACAUGAAAUUCGCAAGGCGCGCUGAAGGUAUAAAAUCGGCUAGAACGGUUUUUAAAAGAGCUCGCGAAGACCCAAGAUGUAAACAUCAUGUAUAUGUUGCUGCCGCAUUAAUGGAAUAUUAUUGCACAAAGGAUAAAAAUAUUGCUUUUCGGAUAUUCGAAUUAGGUUUAAAGAAAUUUGGGGACAAUCCUGACUAUAUACUUUGUUAUAUCGAUUACCUGUCACAUUUGAAUGAGGACAAUAAUACAAGAGUUUUAUUCGAGAGAGUUUUAUCAUCUGGUAGUUUAGAACCUGAAAAAUCAGUCGAUAUAUGGAACCGAUUUUUAGAAUUUGAAUCUAAUAUUGGAGAUCUAGCAAGUAUUGUAAAAGUUGAGAAACGACGUAGUGCUGUAUUAGAAAAGAUCAAAGAAUUUGAAGGUAAGGAAACAGCACAAUUAGUAGAUAGAUAUAAAUUCUUGGAUCUAUAUCCAUGUACUCCUAUGGAGUUACGGUCCAUCGGAUAUAUGGAAGUGUCCAGUGUUGGAAGAAGUACAGUUGGUGCAUUACCACGAAUACCAGAUCCAGAGGAAGCUAUAGCAUCAUUGCCAAGACCUGAUAUAUCACAAAUGAUACCCUAUAAACCCAAAGUAAAUCCAUUACCUGGAGAGCAUCCAGUACCAGGUGGAUCUUUUCCAUUGCCACCAGCUGCAGCACAACUUUGUACCAUGCUUCCUCCACCUGGAUGCUUCAGAGGACCAUUUGUGGCUGUUGAUUUACUCAUGGAUGUUUUCAAUCGAAUUCAGUUACCAGACCAUGCUCCAUUGCCAGUGGCGGAUAACGGAUGUGAUACAAAAUUGUUUGACCUAGCGAAAUCCGUACAUUGGAUAGUCGACGAAAGUAACGAUGGGGUUAGUAUUGGAUCCAAACGUAGAAGAACGCGCUUAGGUGAUGACAGCGAGGAAGAAGACUUACCACCGCCGCCUGCAAAUGACAUAUAUCGCCAAAGACAACAAAAACGAGUCAAGAAGGAAAAGUGCAGUUUGCGCAUAUCCGGCAGUGACCGUACUUCCUGGUUAUGUGGGACUUUAUUACCUAUGGUGUUGACGUUUCAGGUAACUACUCAAGUAACCAGUAGUAGAUUCUCAUUGUUCUUAAGGCGUAUAUUCCUGUUCAGAUCGGUUCUACUUGCUCGCGGCGAAACUAUCGAAACAUAGAUUCUCUAACAGACUUGGCGCGAAAGGGGG